AUGGACAUGCAGCCGCAGCAUACGUGGCAGAAUUCUUUAUUUUGCGAGCAGAAUGUCAUGCCAUCUGAUGGAUUCUACGAUUUCGUUGAAGAAGAAGGCGAUCGACGAGCCGCUAACGUUCGCGAGAGAAAAAGAAUGUGCAGCAUAAAUGUGGCUUUCAUUGAGCUCCGCAACUACAUCCCAACAUUUCCCUUUGAGAAACGAUUAUCAAAGAUUGACACAUUGAACCUGGCUAUAGCUUAUAUAAAUAUGCUAGAGGAUGUUCUGAAAUCUCCAAUGGAUCCUCAUCGUUAUAUUCGUCGAUGCGUGGCUAUGUCUCGAAACAGUCAUCCCAAUGCACCUUCAUGGAGUACAAGUGGCAAGAAUUACUAA